CCCUUCCCGUCUGACAGUUGGCCCACACUGCCUUGGCCCCAAAGCAACUCUAUCGCGUCACCAUAUCUUAUCUCUUGGUGCUAUUUAUCGCGCGGGUGUUCCAUCACGCGAAACCCGGAUCUUUGUAGUCUUCCCUGCGAUUUGAGGAACGCGCCUGCAACGUGGCACCCGUCCCUCCCAGCACAAAUUCACCCUUGCCAACCCACGCUUAAUCCGCAAUCGAUAGAAUUCUUCUCUCUUUCCUUUGGCGCAAGUCAUCGUGUGCCUUUGAAUAGUGACAAUCUACCCGUUUUCGCCAUGCGACCACUUCCAGCGAAACAUAAUCCUAUGAUUCAACCAGAUGUCUCCCCAUCGUAUGAGGAGCUUCUUGCGCGUCGUCGUCUUGGGUCGACGAACCUGACCGUUCGUGCGGAUCAUGUCGGGACAUCUAAUGCCACCAGGCCUGAGAAUCUUGGAAUAUUCGAGUAUGCGCACCUGCGAGCGCCGCUCCCUAAGAACCUCAAGGGCUCGGAGAUUUUCCCGCUUUCUCCAACAAAUCAGCACCCCGACACAUACUUUUUGAUGCGACGCAGCAAGGACGGUUAUGUGAGCGCGACAGGCAUGUUUAAGAUUGCUUUUCCCUGGGCCAAAUUAGCCGAUGAAAAGAGUGAGCGCGAAUAUCUGAGAGGCCUUCCCGAAACCAGCCCGGAUGAGGUCGCUGGAAAUCUCUGGAUAUCCCCCGAACUCGCACUGGAACUCGCGGAAGAAUACAGGAUGAGCCAUUGGGUUCGCGCGUUAUUGGAUCCAGCAGAUAUGCCCCAGAGCUCUUCUAAAUCCCCUUCGAAACCUGAACACAUAAUCAACCCACCCCCCAAGUUUGAUAUUUCGAAGAUCGAUAGCUCAAGCUUCGCGCCACCACCAUCCGCUCGGACCAGGACGCUUCGAUCGGCGUCGCCCUCCAAGUCAUCUGCGGCUAAGAAAGCCACUCCACGCAAGAGGCAAACGCGGGCUCAAAAGGACCUUGGCACACCGUCGGCUGCUGCAGUUAGUGAAUCUUUGCAAAGCACUCUUGACGCUGUUGCCUCUGUUGCGCAUACGGAAGCUGUAGGCGACGGCGAGAAUGCCGAAGAGGCGCAGGAAGAACCCGUUAAAGUAAAUGGAGAACAAGAAGUCGGCGAUUCUGAAGGAGAGACGAUACCGGUAAAGAAAUCCACCGACCAUGUUAAAGUAAGUGUCGAGUCGGAAACAGUUGUCGAUACAACGGAAGAUUUGGAGACAUCACGAACAAAUGUUACUGUCGAAGUGCCAGAUGGUCUGCCGGAACUACCCAUGCCGAAUGACACUGAGGAAAUGAUCGCAAAGGCGAAGGAAAUGGUCGAAGAAGCGGUUAGACUACAGGAAGGGCAGGAAGGGACUGGCAAUCCGUCCCCGAAGGCCUCCAGGAAGCGAAAAGUGGAAGCAACUAUUGAAGAAGGCGAAGAAGAUACUGAAAACAUUCCGACGCAACCAGCUAAGAAGGCGAGACUACUCGAGGAGAGAUUGAGACGCGAGCGAGUUCGAAACCGGGCUCUUAUCGGAGUAACAGCAACAUUGGCGAUUGCCGCUACAAUUCCGUAUUUCUUUUAGCAAAAUUGCUAAACAGAAACAGCUGGUUGCCUCACUAAGUACGCACUACACGAAGCAUUUGAUAGGAUAGGCAGUCAGAGACCGCUCUCCAGCUUAUAUCUUACAAUUUAGCCCAUCACCCGCCUUUCCAUCGUCUCGACGAGGUGUCCAGGCCAGUGAUAUUCCUUUACUCGAAAUGGUUUAUUCUGCAGUGUGUUUUGUUAGGAAUCUUGUAUAUCAUGUCAAUUGAUUUUUCAUCCCUUUGCGCUCUAGCAUUUUAUUUUAUUUUUUUUUUUUCCCCAUAACCCUCCCUAACAAUUCAUACCUCUGUGCUGUACACACUGAAUCUAUUGCCAAUACGUUCCCCAAGACCGCGCUUAUCUCGUCCCAGGACCCCCUACUCGCCUGAAGCUCGACAAAUGUGGCCACUCUUCCCGUUCGCUAUCCCUCGUUCUCUCCAGUCGACUCUUCUAUUGCUUCUCAAUCUAAGCACCAUCAUCUCCAUCACAUUUUCCCGUCAUUCCUUAAUCCCUUAAUAUCUUAUUAACCCCCUUAAUAAACCCAGCGUGGUAUGAGUGUCGGCUUCACUUCGAUUUGUUCCCCCGGCAUCUACUGAGUGGUGGAGAUUUCAUUCAUCAAUCGAUCCUGUCAGUAUUUUGACUGAAAUACGCGCUAGACCUGCGCAUUGAUUGCUCGGUCCUAUCUUCUUCCCAGGACUAUUCCAUGUGAAUUGAAUUCCGAUUUUCUUUUGGGACCAAAAGGGGAAAGAUUUCAUCCGAGAUAAUUGCCUUUGUUAUCGCGUGUUGCUUACACGGCAUGAGUUUUGAAGUCUGCCGCAAAUUUCAGAACCACCCCCCCUCUUUUGUUUGAGCUUGUGACUUUCAAGUCAGCUAGUGUUUGGCAAAGCUUUGUUUGACUGAGUUAUGGGACAGUGUGGCAAUCUGAUUAAAAAGGUUAGGAGUGUGAGAGAGGGCAAUGCAAAGAUUGAAAACUCAGGUUAUUAACGUGAAUGAUUGAUCAGAAUACCAGAAUGUAUCUUCAA